AUGCCCAAGACGGGACGGGACGAUCAGGAGUCGAGGGUUAUCUCCGCGCAAAGGCCCCUCUCAGCGGUCUGGAAGAAGUAUUUAUUGUUACCUAGUAGCGCAAAGGCCGAACUAACUGCGAUCAACCUUGAGAUCAUCCACGGUUCCUUAAAGGUCCAGAUUCACGAGCAAUUGCGGCGCAACAAGCAAUGCGACGACUCCAUGCCACAGGUCAUCACGACAUCAGAGCGCAAUCAAUUCCGAGUCCCACGCCACCCGUCAAAUUACAGGAUCCCAGAAAAUAACAGAGGUGGAGCGACUGGCGAUGAUAAUAAUGCAAGGGACCGCCUCUCCGCUGUCAAGAUGCCAGAUAAACGGGUCUCUAACGCAAGUGCAUCACAAACUCGUGAUGAUUUGGCACGAGUGCUUUACCUCAGCAUCUUGAGGAGAAAGCAAACAUGGCUGGGAAACUUCAGGGGAGAUGGCGCUUUUGCCCCACAGUUCUCGCGCAUAAAUUUACGAGAAAGUUUCAAGUUUUGA